ACAGUGCCACCAGUAUUCGAGCGUGCCAAAGAUGAUAAUUCUGCCAUUGUAAAUGAUGAUGCCAAAAGUCCAGCCAAUUCAGACAGCACUGUGUUUAAAGAGCAGGGCCACUUACAUAAUACUGACAAGGCUAGAGAUGAUGUGACAGUUCAAACAAGAUUAAAUCCAGCCCCAGUAGUCGGCACUUGUGAGGAUGGGAGACGAGAGAAGCAGCAUGACUCGUGUAAAACUGUUGACGAGCAAAGCAGGGGAGAACCAACAGAGAGCAUAACUGAUCCAGAGAACACAGAGAGCUCUGUCAGCAUGUUGACCGACUUGUCCCAGAAGCCCUUAUGUUUACUUCCAACACAUGAUAACAGUCAAGGUACAGAGAGUGCAGAACAAGACGGUCUUCAGAAAGCUGUGGAUAAUGAGGGGAGCUUAAGCCCUGCUACACUGAGCCAGUGCAAAAAGAACCGAUCCAAACAUAAACUCGGAAAACAUACAAACCAGGCUGGUGUGUCUGAUGCAGCCACAAAACCAGCUCCAAACUCGAACCUAAGAAGCCUCCACAGAUGGGAUUUUUCGGGAGAUCCUUUAUUCCAUCAAGCCUGCAAGAAAGGAAACCUAACAGUGGUUAAAAGGCUCAUUAAAGCUGGAAUAGACAUUAAUAUUGCUGAUGAUGCAGGUUGGACUGCACUUCAUGAGGCCAGUGUUGGAGGUUUUCCAGAUGUGGUGGAGGAACUUUUGCGUGCAGGUGCAAAUGUUAAUAGCAGGGGGCUGGAAGGAAUCACGCCUCUUCACAAUGCGGUUAUGUAUGGUAAAUACGAGGUGGUGAUGCUUCUUCUUCAAUACGGCUCAAAUCCUCAUGAUAAGAAUUCAUGCGGAGAGAGUGCACUAGACCUUGCAAAACACGAGAUCAUCAAAGAGCUACUCCUGACAUUCAGAAAAUCUCCCAUUGUACAUGGGCAACCAACUGAUUCCUUUAAACAAGACUCUAAAAUUUUGCACUGUGAACAAAUACAGAAAGAUCAUCAGGUUUGCAGUCAACCACCUGCCUCCUUUAGGGGAAAUGAUAGGAGGAACAUUGCAAGAAGACGUGCUGGUUCUGCACGCUGUUGUUUACUGGAGUGUUGUCAGUCCCGAACUAUGAGGUUAGCCUCUAAAGACGUGGCGCCAUCAUCGAAGAAGACAGUCACGGGCCAGCUUUCUUGUGAAGAGAGACAACAAAAUCAAACAUCUUUGAUGUCAUUCAACUUUCACAAUAAACAGGUUCACGUACAACCACCUGACACGUUCAGGAGAGGGGAUAAGAGGAACACUGCAGGAAGCCGUGCUGGUUCUGCACCUAAUUUACUUGAAUGUGGUCUGUCCCAAAUCACAGCAGCGAUGCCUAAAGAAGCAAAACCGAAGCAGACAGGACCAUUACGGAAUGAACAUUUUAUGAGCAUCACUUCCAUCCGACUGAUUAGUAACGAAGAGUUCCUGCCAUCAUACAUAAUGGACAGACACUGGAAGUCAUUCAUGAACAGAGACAACUGGGGCUUUUAAAAACUUUGCUGGAAAGUUUGCUUAAAGUGGACCUGGCAAGAAAAGAGUUUCAAAUCAUCUAUAUUUUUUGUUGCCAUGUAAUGCAUGUUCAUGUUCAGUUAAA